GACUCUGUUCGUUCGAUACAUAGACUACACUUAGAUUUAUUACAUACAAAUACUUAUACACCUGUACUACUUGUACAAUUAUCUAUCAGCAUACUUAUAGAUACCUUAGUGUCUUACACUUGACCUUCAACAUCCGUCGAGACAUACACACUUAACACCAAACGACGAAACCACCUUGAGGGACCUUAGCUCUUGUACAACUAUAAUUCAUAACUCACCUUCUCAUCUACCGUCACUCGAUAAAUACGUCAAAAUGCCUAUGAACCUUAACACACCACGACCAUUCUCCGCUGCAUCUCCCGUACACCCGAGUUAUCUCCCCGCCUUACACAAAUCAGGCCGGAUCGAAAGAGGAAUUGCAACAGCGACAGUCGCAGCCGUAGGAAUUGGAUACGGCCUAGCGAAAUACAAAGCCGCCAAAGCCGAACAGUGGCAAAAAGAGCACCACGUGCAACAACAACAAAUGUUCCGCAGCGCCGAGGCAGUCGUCGCGCCGGCGACAGUGGCUGUUCCGCAGCAAAAUGCCGCUGUAGAAGCCGUGGAGAACGCGUAUGGUGACCGUACGAGUUUGGCUGAGCUUGAAGCUGCUGUUGUGGCUUAUGAGACGAGACGGAAGGAUUGAGAUUGAUUUGUAUCGCUAUGUUAUGAUUACUGCAUCGGUAUGGGUAUUGGGAUUAGGUUGGGGUUGGGGUUAUUAGCGGGCGUCUUACGGUUAUGGGCUAUGGGAUACGGGCGGUUUAUCAUUGGAGUUUGGACGGUAAAGGAAAAAUUAUGACGGCGACUUAUGGGCGGGUUAUUAGGGGAUGGAUUAUGUAUGUCUUAGAGGGAAACUCGCUUCGAUCGGGUACCCCUGAUGCUACAAUUGAUACCUAGGUAUCAAUUCAUCGGUUCAUCUCUAUCAACUCUGCCUCGCUUUUGAGUCUUCGUUUAUUGUGACCUGUAU